AUGGCGCAAUACUUCUUCGACCUCCUUUACAACUUUACGGACUGCAUGUGCUGCUUCCCCAGCUCUCCGCAGCUGAAAAUCAAUAAUCGCAGUUUCAAGAUGCUCCGGUUACUCGGUGAGGGAGGCUUUUCCUACGUAUACCUCGUCCAAGACAAAUCAACAUCAGAGCUGUUCGCCCUCAAGAAGAUCCAAUGUCCGUUCGGCCAAGAAUCAGUAUCACAGGCGUUGAAGGAGGUUGAAGCGUAUAAUCUGUUUACAUCUGAACCACACGUAAUCCAUUCGAUCGACCACUGCGUCUCAACAGAACCAGGCUCCAAGUUUCGCAACGAUGGCGGAGAGGCGGGUUCCAAGACGGUCUACAUUCUUCUACCUUACUACCAACGAGGGAAUCUUCAAGACGCGAUCAAUGCGAAUCUCGUGAAUCAUACGCGCUUUCCCGAAAAGCGACUGAUGGUCCUUAUCCUCGGAGUUGCGCAGGCGCUGCGUGCGAUGCAUCAAUACCGUGUCAAGAGUGGCUCUGCUCCUACGCGCAAAGCCAAGGCUGUGAGAAGGGAAGGCGAAGAGGCGGAUGUGGAUGCGGCAAUGCGAAAGGGCAAGGCCAAGCGACGGGGUAGUCAGCUCGCCGGGGAUGAUGAUUCAGAGAACGAGCCACUCAUGGAUGACGAAGUCACUCAGAGCCAGGAGGGCGUACAAGACGGAGGUUUGCGCCCUUACGCACACCGAGAUAUCAAGCCUGGAAAUAUUAUGAUUGACGACGACGGACAAACGCCCAUUCUUAUGGACCUUGGAUCGCUUGCGCCCAGCCCUAUAGCCAUCACCUCUCGAUCCCUCGCUUUGGCUGUGCAAGACACAGCCGCCGAGCACAGCACAAUGCCAUACCGAGCCCCCGAACUCUUUGACGUCAAGACCGGCUCGAUUAUCGACACAAAAGUUGAUAUUUGGUCACUGGGGUGCACACUGUACGCCUGUCUGGUGGGGAAAAGCCCAUUUGAAGCCCGAAGCGAAGAAACUGGUGGUAGCUUGAGCAUGUGUGUACUUGGAGGCGACUGGCGUUUUCCCGAUGAAAAGUCAGGGGCUACCAAGGGGAAGGGCAAAGCUGGCGAGGCACCAACGCAAGACAGCGCGACUUCCAUUAGCGCGCCAGUCAAGGACGUUGUCCGUCGGUGCUUGCAGGUCGAACCGGCAGAUCGCCCUGACAUUGACGAGCUGAUUCAGUUGCUGAAAGACGUUAUCAAAGAGCUCCCAGAAGAUGAUGUGGUGGGUUAA